AUGGAACCAUCAGAUGUGCGUGGUGUUUUGCUGUUAGAUGAGAUGAAAGUUUCCAAAACCAUCGCAUUUAACCGUAACGACCUUCAAGUUGAAGGUUUUAUAAAUUUAGGGAAACACACUCCAAAACAUCAGGCUGGAAAAAAAGGAGACCACGCAUUGGUGUUCAUGUUCCAACCUUUCAAGGGCAAGUGGGUGCAAACAUUAGGAUGCUUUCUUAGUUAUGGAAGUGCUUCUGGAGCAGUUUUGCAUCAACUUGUUAUGGAAUGCAUCAUUUUGGUUGAAAAAUCCCAUUUGAAAGUUGACGGGGUCACAUCAGAUGGUGCGUCUUGGAACCGCUCUAUGUGA